AUGGCGGAUCUCAAGUCCUUGAAGCUGCGAGCAGGAAUCUGCAAGCGGUUACUAAAAGAGUUGAAGUCGUAUGAGAAAGAGGUGGAGAAGGAUGCUGCGAGAGUAGAGGAGAUGAAGGCUAGCGGUGCAGAUUCGCACGACAUUAAACAACAGGAGAACGUUCUCGCCGAAUCGCGUAUGAUGGUCCCUGAUUGUCGCAAGCGACUAGAAACAGCCUACUAUGAUCUUGAAUCCACAGUGGUGAGUGGGAUUGUGCGGUUAUCCGUCCAAGGGUACCAAAAUGCGGACGUGCCAAAUGGUCUUCAGGUACCUCCGGCUUUGAUAGAUUCAGUCAAGUGCGCCAGGCUCCUCUUCCCUUUUCCUACAUAG